GUAUCGAAGCGCGUGUGCGUUGGCAGUUUGUUCGUCCAACAUUUAUUACGAAGCUUGUUACUCGUAACGAAAAAAUUCGCGGAUAAUACUUGUAACUGAUCGAAACCCGAAAGCAAAUACGUAGAAUCGUGUCCAAUUGAUGGUUGUCAAUUGGUGAUCGUCGAUGAAAUUGCUCGAAUGUUCGUGACUCGCGAACAUACGUUGUGAAUGUCAACCGCGAGAAGAGAUCGCUUCGAUGAGUUCGCGGGAUAGCCUGUAUUCCGAAGACGUCGAAUACGACGUAACCAUCUUCGCGAGGUACAAGACGCGCAAGAGAGUGCUCGUCUUUCCGCCCGUUAACAGCUAUCGUCGAUACAUAAUACACCAAUUGGUGCAAGAACGUUUCCCCGAUUUGCUGCGGACGUUCUCGAUCGGCCAAGGCUCCGCCAGGCGUACCGUAGUAUGCUACAAGAGCGACCUGAGAAGCUACUGGGAGCCGAAAUCGAAUGUUCCUGAGCGGAAAGCGAGUCCUGCGACAAAACAGAAGAACACGAUCCGCGAAAUGAGCGUUGAACGUCGCCAACGGUCACCGUCGACGUCUCCGGAGCGAAAACAACUGCAACGACAAGCAAAGUCAACGAUCGAGAUUUACAGGCCACCGGCGGCUAGGAGAGCCAGCAAUUGUUCCCAAACUAGUGGCACCCAGAUACGAUCAACCGUGGAUUCUUAUUCCUCGUCAAUCAGGCACGUACGGCAAAGGCGGCCUGAUCGAGCAGUUUAUGUACCUAGACACAGGAGAAGUUUGGAAAGUGAAGAAAAGAGGCCGCAAAAUGGGAAAACUUGUACAAGCCAGGCGACGUUGAACGUGGACGAUGCAAGUACGAAUAAUAAUUCGAAACUGCGAGACGCGCGUUGCGGUUCAGAAAAUAUGGAUGGCUCGGAUCUUCAAGCGUCACAGAGUCGUGACACAGUCACGACCGAGACAAUCGAGGCGCGUGAUCAAGCUUCACGAGCGAGCGUCCCGAAGAACGUAAUCUCCGAUUCUGAGGAAACGUGCAGCGAUACCGAGAGUACGCGAGAUCUAUCGGCAAAACCGAAAGAGAUGAAAAAUGUAUCAAUUUUAUCGGUGGCAGAAAAAGAAGCGGUCGCGCUCGACGAUCGUAACGAAAAUGAAACGAACGACUCGCCGAUGGAACGUAACGGACGUCCGGUCCAACAGGAUUUAACGUCCGAUGUUUUGGUAAUAUCCGAUACCGUUGAAAAGAAAUCGAAACGGGCCGAACGAGCCCCCGCGGUUCUCGGAGCGGUAACACCAUCCGAAAGAAAAGUCAAAAAGAUCGAGAGGCAAAAGAGUAAACCAGCCCCGCCACCUUCUCCGCGUUUGAAAAUAAAUAGAGACGAAUGCGAUUGGGACAGCCUGUUCGACGACAACGGUGACUGUCUGGAUCCAACGUUGAUAGAAGAGCUGACAUCAGCGGUGGGAGAAGUAACGAUAGAAGAACCAAAGAACGAUUACAAGGCGUACAGCAAGCAGAUUGAAGUGUCCAGCGACGAAUUCGCACACGUCGUAGAAAUUUACAAUUUUCCCUCCGAGUUCAAAACUAGCGAUUUGGCCGCUGCUUUCAGCUCUUUCAAAAAUGGCGGUUUCGAGCUGAAAUGGGUGGACGAUACUCACUGUUUGGGAGUUUUCAGCAGUCCUCUCGUUGCUGCCGAGGUCUUGGCGUCGGAUCAUCCGUUCGUGAAAACGAGACCACUCAGCGAAGCUACCGCCUUGAGUAAAACCAAGGCUCGAAAAAGCGCAGAGUUUCUGCAACCAUACAGAAAUCGUCCCGAAACAUGCGCCGCCUUGGCCAGAAGAUUGGUGACGGGUGCACUGGGCGUAAAGCUCGCUACGGCUAAACAAGAGCGUGAACACGAGAAGAAUAUACUGCGCGAGGCAAAAGAAAAGAGACGAUUAGCCAACAAACAACGAGAGGAUGUCUGGGAAGGCAUAAUACCUACCAAGUAGCACGUCCACCAACACGCAGGAGCGUUCGUAUGACGCACACUCGUGGCUCGCGCGUAACGAUACUCUCGCAUUAGCGUUGAAAUCAGCCGCGGGGACAUUGACGUCUCGUCGUAAAUGUUUGUGCCUUACUCCAUCUGUCCCUUACAUUGACGAGUGAGACAUUCACCGUACGCACACGCACACGCACACGCACACGCACACGCACCGUACAGACACGUACUUUUCGCAAAUUUGCUAAAAUUGCUCAGUUUGUUGGAGAAAAUCUGAACUAAAUUGAUAUCAAGAAGAUGAGUUUGACAUGUGAAAUUACGAUUGAUAAACGUAUCGAUGAUUUAGUCAUCUUUCCAAGACUGGUGAGGCAAUAUCGUGUGUGUGCGCGCGCAAUCUUUUCAACUAUGAUACGACUGUCGUUAUAAAUUUAUAUGCAACAACAAACAAUGAUGCAUAGUACUUUUGAUUGCGAGACAAUAAGUUGAAUUGCCACGAGAGAGAGCAUCGAGGCAUUAAAGUUGUACCGUAGCGUGAAAUAUUUUAGUUUCGACUCGUGCUACUCGAGUGUGUGCGCGCGCAAUCUUUUCAACUAUGAUACGACUGUCGUUAUAAAUUUAUAUGCAACAACAAACGAUGAUGCAUAGUACUUUUGAUUGCGAGACAAUAAGUUGAAUUGCCACGAGAGAGAGCAUCGAGGCAUUAAAGUUGUACCGUAGCGUGAAAUAUUUUAGUUUCGACUCGUGCUACUCGAGUGUGUGCGCGCGCAAUCUUUUCAACUAUGAUACGACUGUCGUUAUAAAUUUAUAUGCAACAACAAUGAUGCAUAGUACUUUUGAUUGCGAGACAAUAAGUUGAAUUGCCACGAGAGAGAGCAUCGAGGCAUUAAAGUUGUACCGUAGCGUGAAAUAUUUUAGUUUCGACUCGUGCUACUCGAGUGUGUGCGCGCGCAAUCUUUUCAACUAUGAUACGACUGUCGUUAUAAAUUUAUAUGCAACAACAAUGAUGCAUAGUACUUUUGAUUGCGAGACAAUAAGUUGAAUUGCCACGAGAGAGAGCAUCGAGGCAUUAAAGUUGUACCGUAGCGUGAAAUAUUUUAGUUUCGACUCGUGCUACUCGAGUGUGUGCGCGCGCAAUCUUUUCAACUAUGAUACGACUGUCGUUAUAAAUUUAUAUGCAACAACAAUGAUGCAUAGUACUUUUGAUUGCGAGACAAUAAGUUGAAUUGCCACGAGAGAGAGCAUCGAGGCAUUAAAGUUGUACCGUAGCGUGAAAUAUUUUAGUUUCGACUCGUGCUACUCGAGUGUGUGCGCGCGCAAUCUUUUCAACUAUGAUACGACUGUCGUUAUAAAUUUAUAUGCAACAACAAACAAUGAUGCAUAGUACUUUUGAUUGCGAGACAAUAAGUUGAAUUGCCACGAGAGAGAGCAUCGAGGCAUUAAAGUUGUACCGUAGCGUGAAAUAUUUUAGUUUCGACUCGUGCUACUCGAGUGUGUGCGCGCGCAAUCUUUUCAACUAUGAUACGACUGUCGUUAUAAAUUUAUAUGCAACAACAAUGAUGCAUAGUACUUUUGAUUGCGAGACAAUAAGUUGAAUUGCCACGAGAGAGAGCAUCGAGGCAUUAAAGUUGUACCGUAGCGUGAAAUAUUUUAGUUUCGACUCGUGCUACUCGAGUGUGUGCGCGCGCAAUCUUUUCAACUAUGAUACGACUGUCGUUAUAAAUUUAUAUGCAACAACAAUGAUGCAUAGUACUUUUGAUUGCGAGACAAUAAGUUGAAUUGCCACGAGAGAGAGCAUCGAGGCAUUAAAGUUGUACCGUAGCGUGAAAUAUUUUAGUUUCGACUCGUGCUACUCGAGUGUGUGCGCGCGCAAUCUUUUCAACUAUGAUACGACUGUCGUUAUAAAUUUAUAUGCAACAACAAUGAUGCAUAGUACUUUUGAUUGCGAGACAAUAAGUUGAAUUGCCACGAGAGAGAGCAUCGAGGCAUUAAAGUUGUACCGUAGCGUGAAAUAUUUUAGUUUCGACUCGUGCUACUCGAGUGUGUGCGCGCGCAAUCUUUUCAACUAUGAUACGACUGUCGUUAUAAAUUUAUAUGCAACAACAAUGAUGCAUAGUACUUUUGAUUGCGAGACAAUAAGUUGAAUUGCCACGAGAGAGAGCAUCGAGGCAUUAAAGUUGUACCGUAGCGUGAAAUAUUUUAGUUUCGACUCGUGCUACUCGAGUGUGUGCGCGCGCAAUCUUUUCAACUAUGAUACGACUGUCGUUAUAAAUUUAUAUGCAACAACAAUGAUGCAUAGUACUUUUGAUUGCGAGACAAUAAGUUGAAUUGCCACGAGAGAGAGCAUCGAGGCAUUAAAGUUGUACCGUAGCGUGAAAUAUUUUAGUUUCGACUCGUGCUACUCGAGUGUGUGCGCGCGCAAUCUUUUCAACUAUGAUACGACUGUCGUUAUAAAUUUAUAUGCAACAACAAUGAUGCAUAGUACUUUUGAUUGCGAGACAAUAAGUUGAAUUGCCACGAGAGAGAGCAUCGAGGCAUUAAAGUUGUACCGUAGCGUGAAAUAUUUUAGUUUCGACUCGUGCUACUCGAGUGUGUGCGCGCGCAAUCUUUUCAACUAUGAUACGACUGUCGUUAUAAAUUUAUAUGCAACAACAAACGAUGAUGCAUAGUACUUUUGAUUGCGAGACAAUAAGUUGAAUUGCCACGAGAGAGAGCAUCGAGGCAUUAAAGUUGUACCGUAGCGUGAAAUAUUUUAGUUUCGACUCGUGCUACUCGAGUGUGUGCGCGCGCAAUCUUUUCAACUAUGAUACGACUGUCGUUAUAAAUUUAUAUGCAACAACAAACAAUGAUGCAUAGUACUUUUGAUUGCGAGACAAUAAGUUGAAUUGCCACGAGAGAGAGCAUCGAGGCAUUAAAGUUGUACCGUAGCGUGAAAUAUUUUAGUUUCGACUCGUGCUACUCGAGUGUGCGCGCGCGUAUACUCUUGUCAAGUACACACAUAUUUAUAUACGUAAGCGUUACAAAUGAACGCACAAUCACAUUAUCUAUUGAUUAGUUAACAAUUGCCGAACAUAACGACAACAGAUUGUAUUUUUUUAUACAGUUGUUAACGUGAAAUAAAAAUGCAUAUUGCCUAUCUCUCUAGUCAACGUAUCAAAAAAGUUCUAUGUACAUGCACGUUACAUGUGCCAAUGUCACGAGUUGACUGAAGGGAUGAAGAGAAAUAAAGAUAUUUUCAAUAGCA